AUGAAUGAGCCCUGUGGGUUUGAGUCCACAUACCUGGAAUUGGCAAGUGCAGUGAAAGAAGAGUACCCAGAUAUAGAAAUUGAAUCCAGGCUCGGGGGGAAAGGUACCUUUGAAAUUGAAAUCAAUGGGCAGCUUGUCUUCUCCAAACUAGAGAAUGGUGGCUUUCCUUAUGAGAAGGAUCUCAUUGAAGCAAUAAGAAGAGCCAGAAAUGGGGAACCGCUAGAAAAAAUCACCAACAGCCGUCCCCCCUGUGUCAUCCUGUAGCCCCGGCAGCACCCUCCUCGUCACUACAGGCCUUCUGUUCUGAUCACCUUCAACUCUGCCCAUCCACUCUUAAAUCUCAUUACCUUGCUGCUUUGCUCCUCUCUGCCUUCUGGCUUAAUUAUCUUACUCUUUGGCCAGGCAGCAGCAUGUGUGGAAGAGACAUCAAGGUAACCUGAAUCGCUAACAUUGCUGUACAAAGAGGCUUGUGGGGAAUAGCAUCACAUCAGGUGACUUGGGACCGGGGAUGGGUUAGCUGAGAUCUAACUUGCUGUUGGGUAGGAAUGACUAAACUUUGGUACUACUUUGUGCAUGCCAUCUAACCCCAGACAGCCACCCAAGCCCCAAGGAGGAGGAGAGCAUCCCCACGCCAUCAUUUUCUACCCCUCUUCCACUCCAUAAAUGUCCCCGUUUCUCCUAUUUCUGUAGCACAUACAUGGGCAACUAAUUGGCUUGCUGCCACCCUCCUUUAAAAUCCUGGUAGGUUGGGUGGAGUCUACCAGAGACCAG